AUGACUCGAACAACAAGUGACGUUUCGGAUAGCAAGCUGUCCGCACUCUGGCGUUCUGCCUGUGACGACUAUGCUAAAGAAACGGGAAUUGCGCUUACCGAUUGCGACUUCCCUAAGGUCCGCGGCCCCGAAGAUCUGUCCCGUCAGUUAGACGCGGAGAAGGACCAUUUUGAAGACUUCCGGAUGCAGAAACGCCCGCUCUUCCAAGCUAUGCAGAUGGUCCUGUUGCCCUUUGAGAACUGGGGCGAUCUGAUUGCGGGGACAGCCGCCGCAGCUUUUCCACCAGCCGGUUCCAUUAUGGGCGCUAUGAUGCUUCUGAUUCGAGGUGCUCGUAGGGUCAGUGAAUCUUUCGACAUGCUUAUGGACUUGUUUCAUAAACUUGGCCAUUUUGCUCUCCGUCUGAACUCGUAUAAGGAUGUCCCUCUCAGCGAAGGGAUGAAGACAAUCAUUGUUAAUGUUCUGGUUAAUUUCCUUCGCGUCUGUGCGGUAUCGCAGAAAUUACUUAGUCGUGAGUCGUUGAGAGCAAGACUUACAAAAUGGACAAAGAACGUCUUGGUUGAGGACACGUCGAUUAGCUCGCUCCUGGGCGAGCUGGAGGAGUUGACGAGCCAGGAACACAAGAUGGUCUCCGCUCACGGGCUCGAUCUCACUCAUCAGGCGCUUAGAAAUACAGCAAAAUUACUCGAACGAGACGGCAACACAAAUGACCGUGAGAGACUUGACAGAGUGAAGAAGGCAUUAGAUCCCGUCUCUGCAUCCGGUCGCGUCUUCUCCGCGAUCAACGAGAAUCGGAUACCUAGAUCAGGCAGCUGGAUCGAAGAUAAGAUCCGGUCCUGGUGGCAUGGACCCGAGCCUCUCCUCUGGAUUCACGGCGGCCCUGGUGUGGGCAAGUCCUAUCUGGCGUCAAAAAUCAUCAGCGAUCUCGCGACGGCAGAAGCGGCUGCCCCAUCUGCACCCAUUGUCGCCUCUUUCUUCUUCAAGAGCAACGAUUUGGAUCUGCGCUCCUUUAACAGAGCGCUGCGGACGCUGGCAUGGCAAGCCGUUGUCCAGCGAUUGGGCUUCGCGGCGCAUGUCGAGGAGUUCUGUCUGAAAGAAGACCCAGCUAACAGCCACGUUGUCUGGAGGAAACUCUUGCUCGACUACUUCGUCGCGUCUCCACCGGACAGCAGCAUUUGCUUUAUCAUUGACGGUAUCGAUGAGGCCGACCCCGAGGAACAAGAGAUCCUUUUCAGCCUACUGGAGAGGACGUACGUGACAGAGGACCGGAUGGGCACCCCAUCAAUCCGAGUCGUACUUUUGGGCAGAAAUUCGGUGCGCGGCAUCCUCGACGAACACUCCCUUGGGUGGAUUCCCGAAAUCGAAAUCUCUAGUAAUCAGAACAAGGACGACCUUUCCAACUAUGUCUCUCAGAAGCUGCAGAAGACCAAGUUGUUUCGCGGUUCUCCAGACUUUCAAGCCGAGGUCGUCCGGGAUAUAGGUAGGCAAGCAGAAGGCCUCUGGGAAUGGGCCAACCUUGUCAUCAAAUCUGUUCUGCGCUGUCGGACCAAGGAGCAGAUUCGGAAGGUAGUCCGGACGAUGCCCCGAGGAAUCAGCGCAAUGCUCCAUGCAGAGUUAGAGCGCCUAGCUAGAGAAUUGUCGGCCUCGGAUGCGAUGACGAAUGAAUUGCCCGACGAGCUCUCCGACGAGGAAAGAUUAGCCGAGGAAGCAACGGGGACACAGAUUCAACAGCUUGAAAUCUUACUUUCAUUUGUGUCGAAGGCUCAGAAGCCGCUGACUGUGGAGCAGCUCGACCUUAUCUUGGAGGUCAUCCUUGGAGAGGAGGUCCUGAAUCUUGAGGACGACCUUCGCACGGUAUACUCGUCCCUGUUUUCGCUCCGGCCCGCUGGGGAUGAAGGAGAAGAAAACAAAGACGCGGUCAUUGUAACUCUGCGUCAUAGUUCUUUUUACGAAUUCUUCAGCAAGCCUGUGGAGGCUAGACCCAUUCAGAUCGACCCCGACCGAGCUGAGGCGUCCGUUGUAUUUGUCUUGCUCUACGCUCUCCAAAGAAACUUCGCACCCGUAUCAAAAAGGUGGCUAGGGCCAGUAAAUAGAUAUGCUCAGAAAUUCCUACCGCUGCACCUAUCGCGUGCAAACCCAGCGAAAGCAGCAAAUCGAAGAGAAGCAAUAGCCACUCUGCUUGCCGCUCUCUUCACCGAGGAGCCGGUAUUCAAGCCCCAGCACUGGCUCAUUGAAAAUUGCCGCGUGAAUCGCCUUUCUAUAUACCUCUUUUACCCGUCAUCCCACCCAACAGAGAUCGCCCGUUACUGGUGGGAUGCUCGAGAUCGUGAUACGGCGAACAAGAGGGCAGAGUUGGUACUAAAUUGGCUCUCCCCGGAUGCGAAACAGCUCUUGCAGGAUUGUGCUCGGUCUUCGACGGUGGCAAGCGACGGCGGUCCUUUCACGAGAGUUUUCUCCCGACUUUGGCUGGCUCCGAAAGAUAUCAAAGAAGAGGAUGGAUUACCAGGGGUCCUCUCCUCCAUGUUAUUUGUGUACUCUCAAAUGGCAGCCACCGGGCCAACCUCGGAUGGGAAACUUAAGGUGUUAAUGCCCGGUCUGGAGCCUCGGAAGAUGCUGCAUACCGCGGAGAUACAGCAUCUCGAGAAGACGCCCAUAUGGCAUGCCCGGCUCGCUCAGGCGAUCCUUCUGAAUCAUAACUAUGCGGCAGCCAUCGAACAAUUCCAGAUCGCUCUCGAUGAACAUCAUAGGAAGCCUUUCUUAAGAAAACAAGCGCUCUCUGUGAUUCACAGAGAUAUGGCUCGUGCAUGUACCAAGGUCGGAAGGUACAAGGAGGCAUUAGAACACUCUGAUCUGGCCGACUCGCUGUACGACGACUCCUGGGACCGUGGCUGGCAGGAUUCUAUCGGCAAGUUGCUGAACACUGCGCAAAUGGAGCACCUUGCGAAAAUGACCGACAAGGCUGUUGCCACCGCAAACGAGGCCUGGGAAACAUUUGUGGGACAAAAGGAUGAUUACCGAGACAGGGAUACGCUGCAUUCGUUCUUUUGGCUCUUUCUGCAGCUGCACGAGACAGAUCGUGUUCAAGAUGUGUUCGAUUGUGCCGUUUCUCUUAGCUGGACCGAGAAAGAUGAUUUGGUCGAGUUCCUCACUUCGGCAAUCAUUUGGGCGCCCCGGCUAAUGUAUCGGGUCCUUCACUAUGCGCUGAUGCGUGGUGAUAGGAAGCAUAUUGAUCUUGUUGCAUUGAUUCCGGGCAGAGCUGCGGCCUCAAGGGAGACUCAAACUGAUAACCUGGCGGCGGCGAAAUAUCUGCUCGCGUCAAUGAUGUUCGAGCACGGCCUGAUCAGCGCAGGAAUUCAAGCUUGGUACGAGGUUGUCUCCCUCGACAAUCCUGAUAGCUGGAACAUCGAGGCCGCUCAGACGUGGUCAAGGAGCCGCUUAGCAGCCGUGUAUUGGACGAAAAAUACUGAAUCGAGUGAUAUCUGCUUGGUCAUCUCGAGUUGGCUGCGGGACCAUGGAGAUAUCACAAAUGCCAGAGAAGCUCUCCGCGGUCGUGUGAAGAGAACUAUCCAGCUGUUGUCGGACAAUGGUCCUUCCAACGAUGACGAGGCAUGUAUGAUCCUCUUUAGGACAUUUCUGGUGGCUGCGGACAGCCACGAAGAUCUUAACGGGGCAUUGUAUUUGCUCAAGGUCUGGCAUAGGGACUGUCUGCGGCAGGCGAAGCGGCAUCUUCCAGAUGACGGAACUGAAAGACCGGACGAUGACGAUUUUCCAUUCUCAAUCGACCAACUCGCCGAGUGUUCAAACUGUAAGCGUGAGGUGAACUCGAUAUGUCAUUGGUACUUCUGUCGUUCUUGCCCAUUGACGGCCAUCUGUCGAUGGUGCUACCACGGUAUUCGGUCCACGGCAUCCCAUCUUAGGGGCAUCUGCGAUCCUCGGCACGAGUUUUAUUAUACUGGCCCUCCGCUUCGGCCCUCUGAACGUGUGCCGGCGGGGAUGAUGGCGCUUGAAAGUUCUGAUGGCAAGAGGCAGACGAUAUGGAUCGAAGAAUGGAAGGAUAUGCUUUCAGAAAAGUGGGGGACGGAAGACUUUGCCUUUGAGGGUGGACUGUCGGCCUGGUGUAUGCGAGUAUUGCCGGAGCCCCAGAGAUCUCGGUGGGCAACAUUUUUCAGGUAA